GCUGCCUUAGCCAAUAUAAAGUGUGCUGGGGAGCCAGUCUUCGAACAUGACUUCCCGCCUAGCACUGAUAUAGUUGGCGAGAUCCUUCAUGGUCCAAAGGCUAAUAGGAUGAAGUUUGAGUUAUUUGGCCGCCUUGGCGCUCAAAUGGGGUUGUUCCAGUAG